CAUGUUCACGUGAAGAUGGAUUUAGUGUACGGUCUCGUGUGGCUGCUGACAGUCUUCUUGGAGGGGAUCUCCGGCCAAGGAGUGUACGCUCCCCCCACAGUUCGUAUUGUUCACUCGGGCCUCGCCUGUAACAUAGAAGAGGAGCGAUACUCUGAAAGAGUGUACACCAUCCGGGAAGGAGAAACCCUGGAGCUGACCUGUCUUGUCACAGGACACCCACGUCCACAGAUCAGGUGGACCAAAACAGCAGGAAGUGCCUCUGACAGAUUCCAAGACUCAAGUGUCUUCAAUGAGACUUUAAGGAUUACAAAUAUUCAGCGACACCAAGGAGGCCGGUAUUACUGUAAAGCAGAGAAUGGCCUGGGGUCCCCAGCGAUAAAGUCGAUCAGAGUGGAUGUCUACUAUUUGGAUGAUCCUGUGGUAACUGUUCAUCAAAGUAUCGGUGAGGCUAAAGAGCAGUUUUAUUACGAGAGAACGGUGUUCCUCCGGUGCGUUGCCAAUUCCAACCCACCUGUUCGGUACAGCUGGAGACGUGGCCAGGAGGUGUUGCUGCAAGGCUCUGAUAAAGGAGUGGAGAUUUAUGAGCCCUUCUUUACCCAGGGUGAAACAAAGAUCUUAAAGCUAAAGAAUCUUCGACCUCAGGACUAUGCCAAUUAUAGCUGCAUUGCCUCAGUGAGGAAUGUGUGUAACAUUCCUGAUAAGAUGGUAUCAUUUAGACUUUCUAAUAAAACAGCAUCUCCGUCAAUUAAGCUCUUGGUGGAUGAUCCUAUAGUUGUAAAUCCUGGAGAGGCCAUAACAUUAGUGUGUGUUACAACAGGAGGAGAGCCUGCACCUUCCCUCACCUGGGUUAGGUCCUUUGGGACUCUACCUGAAAAGAUUGUUUUGAACGGAGGGACUUUGACCAUACCUGCCAUCACCUCAGAUGAUGCUGGUACUUACAGCUGUAUUGCCAAUAACAAUGUGGGAAACCCUGCAAAAAAGUCCACCAACAUCAUUGUGAGAGCAUUAAAAAAAGGACGGUUUUGGAUAACACCAGAUCCCUACCACAAAGAUGACAACAUCCAGAUUGGGCGCGAGGUGAAAAUAUCCUGCCAAGUGGAAGCUGUUCCUUCCGAGGAGUUAACGUUUAGUUGGUUUAAAAAUGGCCGCCCAUUGAGAAGUUCUGAGCGCAUGGUUAUUACACAGACGGACCCCGACGUUUCUCCGGGAACGACAAACUUGGACAUCAUUGAUUUAAAGUUCACGGAUUUUGGAACAUACACGUGUGUAGCAUCGCUGAAGGGAGGAGGAAUAUCAGAUAUCAGCAUUGACGUUAACAUAUCCAGCAGCACAGUUCCACCCAAUCUGACUGUUCCACAGGAAAAAUCACCUUUGGUCACCAGAGAAGGAGAUACAAUAGAACUGCAGUGUCAAGUAACUGGAAAACCUAAACCAAUCAUCCUUUGGUCUAGAGCAGAUAAAGAAGUUGCAAUGCCUGAUGGGUCAAUGCAGAUGGAGAGUUAUGAUGGAACCCUGAGGAUUGUGAAUGUAUCUAGGGAGAUGUCAGGACUGUACAGAUGUCAGACCAGCCAAUACAAUGGAUUUAAUGUGAAGCCCCGGGAAGCCUUGGUACAACUCAUCGUUCAGUAUCCCCCUGCGGUGGAACCCACAUUCCUGGAGAUCCGGCAAGGACAGGACCGAAGUGUCACAAUGAGUUGCAGGGUACUGCGAGCCUAUCCAAUACGGGUGCUGACCUACGAGUGGCGCCUGGGCAAUAAGUUACUGCGGACCGGUCAGUUUGACUCUCAAGAAUAUACCGAGUACCCAGUGAAGAGUCUUUCCAACGAGAACUAUGGGGUUUAUAACUGCAGCAUCAUCAACGAAGCUGGAGCCGGGAGAUGCAGCUUUCUUGUCACAGGCAAAGCUUAUGCUCCGGAAUUCUACUAUGAUACCUACAAUCCCGUGUGGCAGAACAGACACCGCGUGUAUUCCUACAGUCUGCAGUGGACGCAGAUGAAUCCCGAUGCAGUGGAUCGGAUCGUUGCCUAUCGACUGGGGAUUCGGCAGGCUGGACAGCAACGUUGGUGGGAACAGGAGAUUAAAAUAAAUGGGAAUAUUCAAAAGGGAGAAUUAAUUACAUAUAAUUUGACCGAGUUGAUCAAACCAGAGGCUUAUGAAGUCCGACUGACUCCCCUCACCAAGUUCGGGGAAGGAGAUUCAACGAUUCGUGUGAUCAAAUACAGUGCUCCUGUAAAUCCUCAUUUGAGAGAAUUUCAUUGUGGAUUUGAAGAUGGCAACAUUUGCUUGUUUACUCAAGAUGAUACAGAUAAUUUUGACUGGACAAAGCAAAGUACGGCAACGAGAAAUACAAAAUAUACGCCUAACACGGGACCUAACGCUGACCGGAGUGGCUCUAAAGAAGGUUUUUAUAUGUACAUCGAGACCUCUCGACCCAGGUUGGAAGGUGAGAAAGCUCGACUGCUCAGUCCUGUUUUCAGCAUAGCUCCCAAGAACCCUUAUGGACCUACCAACACCGCCUACUGCUUCAGCUUCUUCUACCACAUGUACGGACAACAUAUAGGUGUCUUAAAUGUUUACCUACGUUUGAAAGGGCAAACUACAAUAGAGAAUCCACUGUGGUCUUCAAGUGGGAAUAAAGGACAGCGAUGGAAUGAGGCUCAUGUUAAUAUUUAUCCAAUUACUUCAUUUCAGCUAAUAUUUGAAGGUAUUCGAGGUCCUGGAAUCGAAGGCGACAUUGCCAUCGACGACGUGUCGAUUGCAGAAGGAGAAUGCGCAAAGCAGGACUUAACAACUAAGAAUUCCGUGGAUGGUGCUGUGGGGAUUUUAGUUCAUAUAUGGCUUUUUCCAAUUAUCGUCCUCAUCUCUAUUUUAAGUCCUCGAAGGUGACCUUAUCCUGGCAGAGGCUAUACAAGAUUCACCAGUCACUAGCAUGAAGAAAGAGUCUUUGUAAAUGGACACUGAAAAAAAAAAAAAACAAACUACCAAAGAUUCCUCCACUGACUUCUGACUCAAAACUAAAAUAAUAAAAAAUUUUUUAAGCACUGGGGAUAAAAAGAUAUCACGGAAGUAUAACUUAUUCCAAACUACAUAUAAAAGAGAAUAUUGACCUGAGUAGAGAAGAGACCUUCAGGUGCUUUUGUGGCUAAAAAGAUUACCGCGUCAUCUGGUUGAACUCUUGGGAAAAAAAAAAAAAAAGAAAAAGAAAAGAGCUAUAGAAAUCCUUGUCAAAGCACAAAGUCAUGGCUGGUUUUGUUUCAAAUGAAUAGUUUGCUUGUUACCAUGGAAACCUAAUGGCCUGCCAACAAAAACCUCACUGUAAACAGGGUACGUGAAGAGCUGGCAUUUCUUUUCCUUUCGAGAAGGUUUUACGUAGAGAAUUAAAUAAAUGUAGGCCCUUUUACCUUUGGCUGUUAUACCCUUCCUUGAAAAUGCCCGAACUGAGAAUUAUUUAAAGCAUUCAUACUCCUUCCCACCUUAUCCCCCGCCUACCUUUCUUCUGUUUCUCCCCGCCCCUCCCAUGGCUAAGCUAGAUAACUGUAUGCUGUCUGCUUGCAUGCACUGCUUUCCAGGGAGGGAAACCUGGGCUUAAACAUUACACAGGCUUAGCGGAGUUUGCGGCCACUUGAACACCCAAACUACGUCAUCUGUUCCAACGAAGAAACCAAACCACCAUCUUUUAUAAAUUGCCAUGGAAACCAAGUGCCUUCAAUGAAACAAGCCUGAAUAAUUUUCAACUCAGAAGCCUGCACCGCUACGUGUGGUUUGUGUAAAACUAUUUUAUAAACAAACUACAGAGCCUACAUGUGCACAUUACAGGCAAGACAACAGAGCCGCUUCUGAAGAAGAAAGGACCGGAGCUGCUGCGUAAGCCCAAGCAGACGAGAGAUGUGGUGUUAACCUCCUAGACAGCCAUGGCCUUUCGGCGUAUUAUCCAUUAGAGAAUAACUUCCAUUCAGACCAGACAUGGGAGCAACACUUUUUCUUCCAGGUCAUUAAAUGGGUCAACCAGAGCAAAAGGUUAUUAAGAUAAUCCUUAGCGCAGAAGGUGGUAAAACACGAAAGUGAUUUUUUUUAUUAUUAUUAUAAUUGUUACUCUAACCUCCAUUUGGCAAGAAAUUGGCCCUAGCUUUAGAGGGAGCCAGAAAAUGUGAUUCCAGUGCGUACCAACGACAGCGAAACUAGGCCGGAGACAUCUGGCUUUAUUCUAAACACUGACAGUCAUACGCCUCUGCCCUUUAUUCAGACUGCAAAUUGUGAAAUAUUAUUUUAUUAUUUCACCAGGAUUAAAAAAAAAAACACUUUUACUAAAAAAACAAAAACCUGUAAAAAUGAUUUUGAGCUACCUGAGGACAAAUCAUACCUUGAACCAGCCAGUUUUCCAACGCAUUGUAAAUUUCCCUUAAACCUGUUAAUUAUGAAAAUUUGAAGAUCUUUUUCCUUAUAUUAUCUCAGCUUUUAACUUCAUUUGAAAAGACUUUUGUCUAAAGAAUAUUAUUAUUCCAUGUUCUUUCAAUACCCCAGGAUUCAAAACAAAACACUGAUUAUGCAAGUAAUUGGGAUAUAAGCAUUAAAUCAAUUCGCAAUUAUCAAUACAAAAGCACAACAAAAUGUAGUAAAUGACAAAGCUUGCUUUUUUAAAUGUAGAAAUGUUUGUGCAAAUUCAUUAAUUCAUCUUAACAUAUAAUUUUACAGCUCUGUUCAAUAAAGCCUCUUGCCAGGUAA